AUGUUGUAUGGUAAGCCUAAUGCGUUCUCCCAGAUUGCGCUGGCCUUUAGUAGUGACCAGUACACCCUGAAGCAGAGGCUGCAGGCAGAGGAGCAUGCUAGGAACCUGGCUGAGGAGAACAUCCAGCUGGAGCUGAUGAGAGGCCGGGAGACACUGGAGACUCUAAAGGCUCUGUGUCUGGACAGUAUGCGCAGUAAGAUCCUCCAGAGACUAGAGCUGUGUCUGGAUAUACUGGGAGGAACAGUGGAGAGAAUCUCCAACACAGCAGAGGUGUUGGGAGCUGUACAUCAGGAGGCUCGUGUGAGUCGAGCGGUGGAGCUGAUGGUGAGCCACGUUGACAACCUGAAGAGGCGUUAUGAGAGAGACAUCACGGAGCUGGACGAGACCAAGAAACUCAACAGGAAAAUCCUCCGUAGGAACUACAGCGACCCUAGAGGUAAGUACCACCAGUGUAACUGUCUGGGUUCAAACUCGGAUGUCCCGCACGCCUCAAGACUGUGUUAG